GAUCUACAGUCAGUCUUGCCUCGACAUCCGCGACGAGGGCCUCGCGUUAACGCCCGUCUACGUUAUUAUACAAAAAUAUAAUCUCGCGCGCGCGUGUGGAUUAUAAACGUCUAUUGCGCAGAGUGACGAUAAUUUCGCGUGUGUUUGUAUAGUGGCGUCUCUCGCAACGGUGCACAGGUGCCGCUGCAAUUAGUGCGAGUGCGAUUGUGUGCGUGUGUGUGUCGUGCAUGUGUCACUACUAUAUUGUGUACGUGUAUCAUUAUUAUCAAAGCAUCGUCAAAUAUAUAGUGUGACGCGAGCGAGUCUGAAAAAUCGCCAGUCAGAGUUUCGUGCGUGUGUCGCCGCACUCGCAUAUUAAUAUUGCCUCGAGUUGAGAAGUGAGAGACAAUUAAACCAGCCGCACGAUGAAGGCAGCUCUGCUGCUGUGCUUUAUGCUGGCGGCCGUGUCGGCGUCGAUUGUGCCGACGUCAUCGCCGUCGAGCACGCAAGAUACACCCACGUCCACGAGCAAACCGUCCACCACGGCCAGGAGCCGACCCAAUGAUUUGGCCGCGUCGCACGUCUACUACAAGGCCAAGACGCUGACCGGCAGCACCGACUCUGAGCUCUCGGCCAUGCUCAGCGUCGACUCCAAGGAGCUGCUCGUCGACAGGCUGCCCUCCGGCGACGAGGAGACCAAUAACGAAAAGUUGGUCCAAGAGGAGCUCGCCAAGGCCAUCAAGGCUCAAGCCUCGAAGAAGACUCUCCGACCGAUUUCACCCAGUAAAGUCAGUCCGAAGCCUUCGGUCAGCAAGGGUCUCUACGACACCGGCGACAUGGUCUUCAACGACGAGAUCGACGCCGGUGACGACGACGACGACGAAGACGUUUACGAGGACGACGACGACGACGACGACGAGGACGACGACGACGAGGAUGACGACGACGACGAAGACGACGACGAUGACGACAUCAUCGACGACGAGGAAGUCAUGACCGGUUGUCCGGAUUAUUGUCGCUGCGCCGGACAGUACCCUGCGGCUACGACUGCCAGAUGCCGCAAGCUUCAAGACGACCAGAGCUUCGGCUCCGGAAUCGCCCAUCUGAAGAUCGAGAACGCCGGCAACAUUCGUCUCGGGCCCUACGCCCUUCGCCGUCUGGGUCUGCGCCAGCUCGAGUCGAUCAGCAUCGUCGACACGAAGAUCGUCGAGCUCGAUCGCACGGCCUUCGACGGUCUGGGCGAAUUAUUCGUCGUCAAUCUGACCAACAACGGCCUGACCUACGUCCACCCUGACACCUUCCAGAACAACUCCCAGCUCAGUCUGCUCACCAUCGCCGGCAAUCCGCUGUUCAGUGAGCGUCAUCGCAACAAGGGCGCCGUCGUCAACAGCAAAGACUAUCUGCUGGAUGCUCCGAGCGUCACCGAGCUCGACUUCUCCGAAAAUCAGUUGACUCGUCUGCCCAAACGCGCCUUCGCCAAGAUGACCAAUCUGGCCUACAUCAAUCUCAAGAACAAUCGUCUCGAGAACUUGGACAAGGAUCUGUUCGCGCCUCUGGACGAGCUCGUCGAACUCGACCUGUCGCACAACUCGCUCUCGCAGCUGCCGGCCUCCCUCUUCAAGGACAAAAAUCUCCUGACCCUGCGCAUAUCCGGCAACGCUUUGAGAAGCCUCAAGUCGAUCAAGGCUGCAAAACUCGUCACCCUGGACGCUUCGGCCAAUCGCCUCGACUCCAUCGCCAAGGAGGAUCUCGCCGGUGUGCCGUCGCUCGAGCAGCUCUACCUCCGCGCCAACAAUCUCAAGAGCAUCCAUCAGCACGCCUUCUCGGAUCUCGAUCAGCUCACCUAUCUCGACCUGACCAAUAAUAAUCUGGAUGUGCUCGACGAGCAUCACUUCCGCGCCAACUCGAGACUUCAGGUACUUUUGCUCAGCGACAAUCCCGAGCUCAAGAGUCUGCCCAUCUUCCGUACCAAUUCCCAGGAAUUCGAGAGAUACAGCAUCUACCGCUUCGAGUGCGAGAACUGCGGCCUCACCUACAUCGAGCCGGGCACUUUCGACGCCAUGGCCGCCAUGACCCGUCUGAAUCUCGCCCACAACAAGCUCACCGGCCUGCCCAUCGGCCUUCUCCGCUCGCUCUCGGCCCUGCGCGAGCUCGACCUCUCGACGAAUCGCCUCGAGAAGCUCGAGGACGCCACCUUCGAAGGCGCCACCUCGCUCACCAAGCUCUCCAUCGCCACCAACCCAUUCCACACUGGACUGCGAGUCACUCCCUUCCUGAGGACGCCCAACCUGAUGAAGCUCGACGCCAGCUUCUGCCAGAUGAAUCGCAUCUGGAGCGAGACCCGCAUGCCCAUUAAGAGCCUCAAGUUCCUCUCGGUGCACGGCAAUCGUCUGACCCGCGUUACCGUCGAGGAGCUGCGCGUCAUGCCGAAUCUCUCCGGCCUCGAUCUGUCGAGGAAUCCGCUGAGAUGCGACGAGGAUUUGAGCGCCGCCGUUCAGUGGCUCAGCGACAACAACGUCACCCCCAGCGAGUCAACUCGCUCGCUCGGCUCGAAGCGCGACAGCGACGACUACGACAGUCAGCCCGCCGAGCAAUUCAACCAGUGGAGCGAUCUGGCCAAGAAGCGCUGCGACUCCUGGGAGGGUGGCCCGCCCCCCUCGAGGAGCAAGCCCAUCAAGGGGUCCAAGGCCAAGAAGGUCCAACAACCGCAGCAGCAGUCGUCCACCAAGGCUCCUCAGGACAGUCUUGAGUUUACCAUUGGUGGUGGACCUGCCUUCAAGUUCGACCUUGGUCGCGUCGACCCGAGCCGCGAGUACACGUGGGAUGUGGGCAGCAACAGCAUGAACGACGAGAUCGACUCCUCCUGGGACAGCCAGGACAAGGACGAGUACGACCAGAUCAGCUCUGUCAGCGAGGACAACGACUGGUAUCGCGACAUGAUCUGGCAGGUGGCCGUCCUGUUCGGCGCCCUGACCGUCGCCCUCCUCGUCGUCCAGCUGGCUCUCUGCCUGUGGAAGCGUCGCGGCGGCAGCAGUCGCGGUCCGGUGCUGCGCUCGUCCAUGAUACUGAGACCCGGCAUGAUGGACACGAAGAACUGCGGCCUCGUGUACAAGCCACUCGAGGAGAAAAUCGCCAGCACGCCGACCCACCAUCACGCCGCCCCCAAGAGGCACAACUUCUACUCCAGCAGCACGUUCCAUUACGAUAAAAUCGUCCCCGAGAGCGUGUAAAUCCUAUAGGGAUCGUUGAUUUUUCUUUCAAUCAAGGGUGUUGAAAUUGCCUAGGAUUUUCAGUCAAUUUUUAGAGAGAAGAGAGAUAUCGCGUAUAGAUUUAACAACUUGUGUGAACUGCGAUAAAAAUAAUGUCAAGCGGAGAAAACAGAGAUGUUUCGAAGAGGAAAAAAAAAGAUAGUCUUGAUAUAAUAAGUAAGCUCGUUCCGACAAUAAAAUUUAUACUAUAUACUUGUAGCCAUAUGUACAGCUUGUGCAUUUAAGUCUGCACACCCUCAAAAAUACACAAAAUAUUUUUGUAUGGAAACGUGUGCUGGAAAAAAAAGAAAGGGGAAUUGUCCAAGUGCAACUGC